CACUCAGUCCUCACAGAUCUAUCAAGUGACGAUGAAGUUUCUGCUGGGAGGAUUGUGUCUGUUCUGGGCUGUGGCCCUCAGCUUCUGUUACCCCUGGUUAAAGCACCGGCCAAACAUUACAGAAGAUGAGUUGAACCAGCAUCACUCCCACCCCAGACAUGAAGAUGAAUUUCUAUGGAGAGGGUUCCGUGCUGCUGCUGAAUUCAUUAAUAAAACCUGGCCCGGAUUACCGGAUCACAUCGAUGCAGCAUUCCGGAUCCACCAUAAAAUCUCACCGCAGCAUCAUGACAGAAUGUUCUUCUUCAAGGGGAAUCAAGUCUGGCAAUACUACGGAACUAAACUAGAAGGCCAGUUCCUCAUUCAAGACAAAUUCCACGGAAUUCCAGAUAAUCUGGGGGCUGCAGUCGAGUGUCCCGAGGGAGAGUGCCAACACGAUUCCGUGCUUUUCUUCAAAGGAGCCACCACGUACUUGUUUGAUCUGAGCACCAACACAGUGAAGCAAAGGCCAUGGACAGGGUUACAUCACUGUACAGCUGCUAUGAGGUGGAUUGAACGGUAUUACUGCUUCCAAGGGUCAAACUUCACUCGCUUCCAUCCUCACACUGGGAUGGUUUUUGAGAACUACCCGAAGGAUGCGCGGAAUUACUUCAUGCAGUGUGAAGGCCGAGGCCAUGGGAACAAAACUGCCGAUCCUUCCAUCCAUAACCGUUGCAGUAAUCGGUCCUUUGACGAAUUUAAUCAAGAUGAAUUCGGAAGAGUUUAUGCAUUCCGAGAUAAUUGUUUCUUUGACUUUCAGGGAUCACAAAUAUACAUUUACAAAGCUGAGGCACAUUAUACCUUGAUUGAAGGAUAUCCCAAAUCUGUCACAGAAGAGCUGGGAAUCCAUGGCACAGGUGUUGAUGCAACAUUUAUCUGCCCAGGAACAUCUAUUCUGUAUGUGAUCAGGGGUAAUCAAGUGCAGAGUAUCAAUCUGGAACAGACACCCAGACAUCUAGGUGAUGGGUUCCGGAUUGGUCAUUCCCAUGUUGAUGGUGCCAUGUGUAACACUAGUGGUACCUUCAUAUUUGUCGGUACAGAUUACUACAAGUAUUGUUCAAUAACUGAGCUUGCAGGAUGGACAGAGACUCCAGAACCACACAGUAUCAGCGCAGAUUUCAUGUCUUGUGUACAAUGAUUGGACAGUUGGGUAGCAGGAGGGUGGGACAGUUGCCCUGGAUACAUCUGAAUACCAAAGUGAGAAACUUCCGGUGGAGACCUCUGAUCAUCAUGUCCUGAAUUUCAGCAUCUCCUAAAAUGCAAAUCCUUUCUGCUGACCCUACUGCAUACGAUAAACAACUGGACAAUUCCAUGUUCUUGCUGACCUAUCUUUAAUAAAGGAAUUAUUAUUCCACA